AUGGAGAAGGUGUUCACCGCGGAACAGAUUUCUGACUGGUUCACUUCAGGGACCACGUUUGCUAACAUUAAACUUACAGAAGACGCGGUUGAAAGACAGUUCGAUGAACCCGCGUCGAAAGAGACCAGACCAUCAGAGAUUCCUGAUAAGGGCAGCCUGAAGAAUGUGAACUCUGAUGGAAGAAGGUUCCAAAAACCUGAACCUGCACGGAGUACCCCUCCUCCUCCACUCCCCAGCUACCAGUACCCCAACUUGCCCAUAACCAAAAACAGACAGGAGUUGAUUUCCCUCAUAGAAAACAACUCUGUAGUGAUUAUUCGAGGAGCCACAGGCAGUGGCAAGACCACCCAGCUGCCACAGUAUAUUCUGGACCACUACAAUGAGAAAAAUGCCUCGUGCAACAUUGUGGUCACCCAGCCACGCAAAAUCGGGGCCAUCAGUAUUGCUCGAUGGGUUGCCACACAGCGCAAGUGCACCCUGGGUAGUCUGGUGGGAUAUCAGGUUGGGUUGGAGAGGAUGGCUACAGAGCACACCCGACUAAUCUACAUGACUACAGGAGUGAUGCUGCAAAAACUGGUUUCAGCCAAGUGCCUCACAGAGUACUCCCACAUCUUUGUAGAUGAGGUUCAUGAGCGCACUGAGGAGAUGGACUUUCUCCUACUGGUUUUGAGAAAACUCCUACAUUCCAACUCUCGUUACGUGAAGAUCAUCCUCAUGUCAGCCACCAUUAACUGCAGACAGUUUGCUGAGUACUUCAGCACCACAGUUCGGGGCAAGAUGAACCCAGCUUACGUGUUUGAAGUCGAGGGGGCACCGUAUGCCAUUGAGGAGUUUUAUCUGGAUGACCUCCAAAACCUGUUUCCAUACAGGGUUGAGUCACCUCAUCAGGAUGACCCUUAUAUCCCAGCAGAGAUGUACAGUCUUGCCAUCAGUCUCAUCCAGAGCUUUGACGAGAUGGAGAGCAAAGAUACAAGCAGCAAAGCUGAGAAAGGUGGCAUGACUUCGUCAGAGAGAGGCAGUGUACUGGUUUUCCUUCCUGGUAUAUACGAGAUAAGCUACAUGCAGGAGGCUUUGGUCAAGCUGGUCCACAAGAAAUUGCAGGUUUAUCCUCUCCACUCCAGCGUGACUCUGGAGGAGCAGAAUGAUGCGUUUCUGUCCCCUGUCCCUGGAUACAGGAAGGUCAUUCUUUCCACCAACAUUGCAGAGAGUUCGGUGACUGUUCCGGAUGUCAAAUAUGUGAUUGACUUCUGCCUGACCCGUCAUUUGGUCUGUGACCAAGAUACCAAUUAUCAGUCUUUGUGUCUCACCUGGGCAUCCAAAACCAACUGCAACCAGCGGAGGGGUCGGGCAGGACGAGUGUCAAAGGGCUACUGUUACCGUCUUGUCACCAAAGAGUUCUGGAAGAAUGGAAUCCCAGACUACAUGAUCCCUGAGAUGCUGCUUGCCCCAUUGGCCACCAUCAUGCUGAAGGUGAAGCUGCUGGACAUGGGAGAUCCCCGCUCCCUCCUCUCAACAGCCCUCUCACCUCCCAGCCUUGGCGACAUAGUGAGAACCGUGCUCCAACUCAAAGAGAUGGGUGCACUGUCUGUGAAAAGUGAUGGCAGUUAUCAAAAUGAGGAUGCCGAGCUAACAUUUCUGGGUCGAGUGCUGGCCCACUUGCCGGUGGACCCGUACCUGGGCAAGUUGAUUGUCCUGGGCCACGUCUUUGGCUGCCUGGACGAGUGCCUCAUCAUUGCUGCAGCGCACUCUCUGAAGAGUUUCUUUGCCAUACCGUCCAUGCAGCAGCUUGCUGGCCACAGGAGCAAGUUGGCCUUUGCCCGUGGCACACCAAGUGACUCCAUAGCUUUUGUCAAUGCCUACAAGGCAUGGCAGUCAUCCAAAAAGAGAGGUCAGCUGAGACACCCAAAGGACGAGCUGGACUGGGGAAAAGAGAACUUCAUUCAGAUCAAGAGGAUCAGGGAGGUUGCAGAGCUGUAUGAGGACCUGAAGAAGCGUGUGGCCCAGUUCAAUAUGCAUGUGCAGGAGAAUAAUGAACCAUCAGACUACACCAGCACACACAGGCAGAAGUUCAUUCUUCAGAUGGUCAUUGCUGGUGCCUGCUACCCCAGCUACUUCAUACAGGGGGAAAUAGAUGAAGACUUGGCCUCCAGAGAAUUAAGUGGCUUCAACCCCAGAACAGCAGUGAUGGUGAGGAACCUCCCUCCGUACAGUUUCCUGUACUACAAGCAGCUGCAGUCUCUGUUCCGCCUCUGUGGACAGGUCAAAUACAUUUCCUUUGAGAGCUCCAGAGCGUACGUGGAGUUCUACAGGACAUCUCAAGACUCGGUGCUGCCUGAGGUGUUCCUUGCCCUCCUUCUGGCCCAGCAGAGGUCUCCCAUGGAGCUGUCUGUUUACCCCAUUGAAGAAAUAGAAAAAUGUGCUGGGAAAAGAAACAUAGCUCACAUGAAAUAUUCACGAGUGAAUGCAGACUUCCAGAGCCAGUCUGUCUGCCCAGUGGGAGUGGUGAGCAGCACCAUUGACCCAGACAAGCUACCCCCCAAACGCUUGUUUGUGGUCAACAUCACAGAGGUGGUGGAGGUGGGACACUUCUGGGGUUUCCAGGCGGAUGAAGCCAGCUUGGAGAAGCAGCGCCACCUGACCGCUGACAUUAACAUGCGUACACUGCAUCCUGUAGCUGUGUCACUCUACCCCAACCUGCUGUGUCUGGCUCCUUACUCUGAGACCAAUGAGCAGAGCCAGUACUACCGUGCCAAGAUCCUGCACAUACGUGGCAAUACAGUGGAGGUGUUCUUCGUGGACUUUGGCAACACAGAGGUUGUUGCCUGCAGCAGCCUCAGAGAGCUCCCUUCUGACCUCCUGUCUCACCCUUUCCAGGCUCAGGAGUUCCAAGUUAUUGAAAUGCGUCCUUCAGCCCAGUCCAUCAUCCUGGGGAACCAGUGGAGCAGCCGAGCCCGCAACUGCUUCAUCACGUUGGUGAAGAGCAAGUCACUCAUUGUGUCGCUGUACUCCAUCCUCCACAACGUAAUGCGCGUCGAGCUGCUGAUCAACACAGAGACAACAAACACCAGCGUGGUGGACAUCUUGGUGGAGGAAGGACAUGCUACGAGGGCCGAAGAGAGUUUUGAUUCCAAGCAAAACCACGAGGGACUGAUGUCCCUGUACAGGGACAUGGAAACAGGUACAUAUGUCCCCAACGCUGCCAGCAGCUCCUGGCAUGAUCGCAAGAAAGAGGAGAAAGACCUCAUUGAUAACCUGCUGGCUCAUUUUUCCAAAAACAGCCAGUCCUUAUCAAAGACUAAGGUGCGUCUGCAUGGGCCAAGCAGUCCUCACAAGAUCAACUUCCAGAGUUUGAGCCGCAAGACCUACUACAAGACAGUGUGUGUGGAGAGGAGCAGCAUCAACUCCCUGGCCCUGAAUGAAAACCCUCACUACAAACAUGAGAGGAUGCUGGUGGCCAGGACUGUGUCAGUCAGCUCCACAGGUACACACAUUCUCCUGAAGGAUACCUCACUAAUGCCCGACAUUCCCGGACUUCCUGCGCUCAUUACAAUGCUCUUCACCCCAGUCAUGGAGUUGCGCACUAAUGAGGAGAGGACCUGCUACACCGGUGCCCUCUGUGGGCUGGGUUGGAGCAGUGAAACACAGGGCAUCCUACCUGAGCACGACAUUGAACUCGCCUUUGACGUCAAGUUUGAUGUUGAGGACAUCACUGAGAUAAAUGCUUUACGACUGGCCAUAAACCAUCUGGUGUGUGACGGGCCCAGUGGCACUGUGCAUCUGGGGCUCGACAGGAUCCGCCACCUGCAGGAGGACUGUCGGGAUCGCCUCAUUAGACUGUUCACCAAGUCACCCCCAAGGGAAGCUGUCACUCAGGUGUGCUACGAGAAUCUGGAGAAAUGGAACCAGGCGGAUCCCUCCCUGAAGAUGGAUAUCGUGGAGCCUGGAGGUGGAAAGAUGAGAAAUGUUCUCUUUCAGCCACAUCCUGUCAUUCUCCUCAACACUUAAAAAGGCACUGUGAUCCUUGCAUUUAUGCUGAACUGAUUCCAGUGUAGUAAUACUAGCAGUUGCCAGGAAGUUUAAUUCAGUUAUUUUAGUUAUUAUAUAAGUUAUAUAAGUUUUAUGGUUUUUUUAUGUUCC